AUGUGCCAGCAACAGCUGCAAGAGGAUGAAGGACCCUACAAGUGUGCCGCCUACAACCCCGUCACUCAGGAGGUCAAGACCUCCACCUCCGCUGACCGCUUGAGAAUACGCCGCUCCACGUCGGAGGCGGCUCGCAUCAUCUACCCGCCGGCCCCCCGCUCCAUCAUCGUGAUCAAGGGCCAGCGGCUGGUGCUGGAGUGUGUGGCCAGUGGCAUCCCAACGCCGCACGUGACCUGGGCCAAGGACGGGCAGGACCUGCGUUUCCAUAACAACACACGCUUCCUGCUCAGCAACCUGCUGAUCGACGCAGCCGGCGAGGGGGACUCGGGCACGUACGUGUGCCGCGCCGACAACGGCAUCGGCUCGGCCAGCGCCGCCACCGUGCUGUACGACGUGCAGGUGUUCGAGCCUCCUCAGGUGACGGUGGAGCUGCAGCAGCAGGAGGCCGUGUGGGGGGAGACGGUGCGGUUCAGCUGCCAGGCCCGGGGGAAGCCCACUCCCUCCGUGGUGUGGCUCCACAACUCCCGGCCCCUCGCCCAGUCCUCCCACCACCGCUUCACCUCCCGAGUGCUGCGCGUCUUCAACGUGGGCCGGCAGGAUGACGGGCUGUACCAGUGCAUGGCCGAGAAUGGGGUGGGCAGCUCGCAGGCCGCAGCCCGCCUGGUAACCGUGCCGGCUGUGAUUCCCGCUCGUGGGAAGCUGCCCUCCAUCCUGCGGCCCCUCAGUCCCGACAAGGUGCUGAGAGAGCAGGCCCCGGUGAGGCCCGGGGCGGCGGGCGCCAUGCUCCCCCUAGACUGCUCCGAACUCCCCGGGCACGUCUCGCCUGCCGAGGCCCCCAUCAUCCUGAGCCAGCCCCGCACCGGCAAGGCCGACUUCUAUGAGCUCACCUGGAGGCCGCGCCACGAUGGAGGGCCCCCUGUGUUGGAGUACAUGAUCAAAUACAGAAAGCUGGGAGACGCACUGGGGGAGUGGACCUCCACCAGUAUCUCCGGCUCGCUCCACAAGCUGACCCUGACCAAGCUGCAGCCGGACAGCCUGUACGAGGUGGAGAUGACUGCCAAGAACUGUGCGGGGCUGGGACAGCCGGCCAUGAUGACCUUCAGAACUGGCAAGGGCCGCAGGGGUCUGGGGGGGCCCAUCGAUCCGCCGAAAACCGCCGCUGUUCCGUCACCCAGCCUCUCUCCUCCCGAAGCCCCCGACAAGCCCACCAUCUCCACGGCGACGGAGACGUCCGCGUACGUGACGUGGAUCCCGCGGGGCAACCGCGGGUUCCCCAUCCAGUCGUUUCGGGUGGAGUACAAGAAGGUGAAGAAGCCCGGAGAGGACUGGGUGACGGCCGUGGACAACAUCCCGCCCUCGCGGCUCUCUGUGGAGAUCACGGGGCUGGAAAAAGGUACAUCCUACAAGUUCCGCGUGGUGGCGGUGAACGUUAUCGGUUCCAGUCCCCCCAGCGCCCCGUCGAAGGCCUACACGGUGGUGGGCGGGAGGACGAAUGAGCGCCCUGUCGACGGACCCUACAUCACCUACAACGAGGCCAUCAACGAGACCACCGUUAUCCUCAAAUGGACGUACACCCCUGUCAACAACACACCGAUCUACGGCUUCUACAUCUACUACCGGCCGACCGACAGCGAUAACGACAACGACUAUAAGAAGGACGUGGUGGAGGGAGACCGCUACUGGCACUCCAUCACCGACCUGCAGCCGGAGACGGCUUACGAUAUCAAGAUGCAGUGCUUCAACGAAGGGGGAGAGAGCGAGUUCGGCAACGUGGUGAUUCUGGAAACGAAAGCCCGCCCAAACCACCAGCGCCCUGUUCCGUCGGAGACUCCGGUUCAAGGCCCAGAGCAUUCUGGGGGAUUGGUGCCCCGCCCUAGCGACCUGCCUUACCUCAUCGUGUGCGUUGUACUGGGCGCCUUCAUCUUCAUCAUCGUCGCCUUCAUCCCCUUCUGCCUGUGGAGGGCUUGGGCCAAGCAGAAGCAAACGGCCGACCUGUGUUUCCCGGCUGUGGCCUCCCCCGUGUCCUCCUGCCAGUACACCAUGGUCCCUCUUCAGGGGAUGGCGUUGGUCGGCCACUGCCCGCUGGAGCCCCAUAUGGCCCCUCCGCACGCCGUCUACCCUCCCAAUGGGGAAUACACCCCCAACGGCAAACCCCACCACCCCUCCCACUGCCUCCAAGGGCUGCACCAGGAGGAAGUGGAUUGCGAUAUGGAGUGUGAGACGCUGUUACCGCAGAUGCUAUCAAACGGACACCUGCCCGUCUACCAUUACUCCACCAGCGGUCUGGAGCAUCACGGACAGGACUGCUGCCCCGCUGACGACUCCUCUCUCCGACUCCUCGACAAUUCCGACCAGCCGGCCAGCAGACAGGAGCUGGGAGCCGAUGCCCAGUAUUACAGCAGGGACAUAACAGAGGAGGAGAUCCCUCGAGAGCCGGCUUCCUUUACUCCUUUAUCUCUACAAGACAAGGGGAACUUCACUGCACCGCCACCAACAUCAUCAUCAUCAUCAUCAUCACCACCACCAAGUACGACGACACCGCAAUCCCAGGAUGCAACAGUACAGGAAGUGAACAUCCUCCCAAAUGAAGCAUCCCAAGAGGCAGGCAGGACAGCAGACUCAACGGACGCAUGAGAGACUGUCGAGCAAACAAACAGAAAAAAACAAGAGAAAGUAUUUAUUUUUGUAUUACAGAUAUUUAUAUAUUUAUGAUUUUGUACAUAAAUGUUUUGUCAUACUGUAUAUAAGAAUAUUUUCAUAUUGAAAAAAGAAAAAAAGGACUUAUCAGUACAUCCUCCUCUCACCACCUUAAUGGACAAAGGGAGUGUCAUGUUGUGAUGCUGUACUCGUGUCGUAAUCUCAAGCGGUCGCUUGAGGGAAUAUUUCCGAGAUAUUAUUCCCUUGCGGGAAGGUCAGUCGGGGGUCGUCGUACCCGAAACGGGAUUCGUUUGGAGUCGGCACUUGAGAUUUUUUUUAGCCCCUGCCUCGUUGCUCAAGUCAUUCCUCGCAGACCUCCGAUCUUCGCCGUUUACAAAGGGACGAGCCGAGAUAAUCCCGAUGCUGUAAUCCCGCGCUCCGCGUUUUGCCCGGCGAGGUUUCGGGGUACGGCGGCCCCAUUUACCGUUGUGUAUAAAGAUAGCACGAGUGUAUCUUGCGUUGUUCAUCAUUAACAAACUAUUAACAAAUGUAUGCAAUGUAAAAGCAUCCUGCUUCAGUAGUUUAGUGUUCAAAAGAGAUUUUAUAUUGUAUAGUUAUUUAUUUUUCAAGAGCCGGAUUUUUGUUUUCUUUCAAAAAAAAAAAAAAAUCACUGAAUGGGAGAGAUUCUGGAAGUUUUUGUUUUUGUUUUUCCCUCAGUCACACAUAAGCUGAACUCGGACUCUCGACUGAAACCACUUUGCUGUUUUUCACUGUUUUGCUGGUCACCAAAAGACUGCCGAGUGAGGGACGUUGACGGGUGUGUCAGUGUUAUUUCUCCCCCUCACAGGUCGGUGUGUAAAGUAUUAGCCUUCGCCGGAGGCGUCUACCAUUACAAUGAAGGAGUUCCUGAAUUUACUCCCUUUUAUCCGUGUGGCCACCGCUACGGUUACACAUGCUGGAGCACUAUUGCAUGUAAAUAAAGCUUAUGAAAUGAAA